GUGCCCCAUCAUUGGUGUCAGAGGGAGGAAUAGUGCCCCAUCAUUGGUGUCAGUGGGAAGAAUCGUGCCCCAUCAUUAGUGUCAGUGGGAGGAAUAGUGCCCCAUCAUUGGUGUCAGUGGGAAGAAUCGUGCCCCAUCAUUAGUGUCAGUGGGAGGAAUAGUGCCCCAUCAUUGGUGUCAGUGGGGAAGAAAUGUGCCCCAUCAUUGGUGUCAGUGGGAAGAAACGUGCCCCAUCAUUGGUGUCAGUGGGAGGAAUAGUGCUCCAUCAUUGGUGUCAGUGGGAAGAAUCUUGCCCCAUCAUUGGUGUCAGUGGGAGGAAUAGUGCCUCAUCUUUGGUGUCAGUGGGAGGAAUAGUGCCCCAUCAUUGGUGUCAGUGGGAGGAAUAGUACCCCAUCAUUGGUGUCAGUGGGGGAAGGAAUAGUGUUCCAUUGUUGGUGUCAGUGGGGGGGGAGGAAUAG